CAGUAAGACUCUGCGAAGUAUUUGAUGUGAAUAAAGAGAAAUUGUUAAAAAUUAGAAUAAAAAUCGACCUGAUGGGCUGUUAAAUGACAUUUCGUUACAGAGAUUAUUCAUGUGUUUUCCAAAAUGGAACCAGAGACCAAGAAGAGAAAAGGAAUGGAGCAUGACCCCGACUCCUGGGAAGUCCUCCCCGUCCUCUCGGAUGAAAAAUCUCAGGACGUUAAAUUAGUGGACGCUUAUGCAGCCCCGAUCACUCAGAAGAAAGAAACCUCACGCCUGGUCAGAGACCUGUCGGCCGUUUAUCCUUUGCCGGACCUUCAGCAUAUCAAGAGAGUGAGAGCUUGUAAAGAGAAGAGCGGUCCUCAUCCGUUAGAGGUCAUACUGUGCCUGGUAACCGAUGUACCCGAGAUAAAAAACAAACCUCCUACUCUUACAGAUCUUCUGAGGUCUGAGGAGUUUAACUGUACUGGUUUGGGGGAACCUUUUCUGGUCCAGAUCCCAGCCAGUCCUCCGCUGACCAGACCACAGUUCGAACGCGCCAGCAAACACUGGCCGACGUCUUUUCACGAGGACAAACGGAUCACGUCCGCUCUAAAGGGGCAGCUUUUCACGUCCAAUCAGAAGACAGAAAUGCAAACGUACAUGACACGAGCCGUGCAGGCUGCCAGAUGUGCGCAGGAGCUGGGAGCGGACGCCGUCGGGGCCGUGAUCGUCGACCCACGAUCCGGCCAGAUCGUCGCCGUAGGACACGAUCUCCGGCGAGCCGGGAAUCCGCUUCAUCACGCCGUGAUGGCGUGCAUCGACCUGGUGGCCCGGAGUCAAGGAGGGGGCGCGUAUCAAUACAAGAAUUACCCAGGAUGCACCUACGCCGCGCUCGAUAGCGUCAGUGUGUGUAGUUCUGACGGAGGAGGAAACGAUCGGCCGUACAUCUGCACCGGGUACGACCUGUACGUCACCAGGGAGCCGUGCGUCAUGUGCGCCAUGGCGCUGGUCCACUCCAGGAUCAGCCGAGUGUUUUACGCAGUCGCUUCUGCAGACGGAGCUUUAGGUACCAAGUACAAAAUUCACUGUCAGAAAGAUCUGAAUCACCACUUUCAAGUCUAUAAAGGAGUGAUGCUGCAGGCCUGCGAGAAACUCAUGAGUGAAUGAAUAAAUGUUUUUAUUUUUAACA